AUGGGAGAGGCGCAAUUUUUUUCUUCUUUACUCGUCAACGCACAUGUGCGACGACGUUAUUUCGGGCCGCUUAUUCAUCAUCAGAAUCAGCAUUUGAGUCAGAAACGACGACGACGACAACGACCACGACGGAGAGAGAUCGAGCCGACGAGCGACAGCGUCAUCGUAACUGCCAGCCUGGCUGCUCCUGCUGCUGUUGCUGGUGCUGCUGCGGAUGGACCCGGCUGUUCUACAGAAAAUAAUUAA